GCUGCUCAAUGAUCCCGCAACGAUGGGCUAAAUCUGUUUGCCCUUAAAUACGUGCAGGAUCAGUUACCCCCGGGAAUGACCACCUCGUCGGCGCAGACAGAUUCCAUUGACUCCAUGCAGCAUGUUUCGAUUGCCGGUGGAGGUGGAGGCAGUGGGCCCAGUAGCGCCACCAAACAUCCGUCCAGGUUCGCCGAAUUUUUCUUCCGAAAGCUUAAGUUCAGCAAGCCGGGCACACCAGAGGAUAACUUUGAGCAGGAGCACGACGAUGCCAUUGCUGCUUUGGAUUCUGUGCUCAGUGAAAACAGCUCUGAGAAGAGCAAGGAGAAUCUGUUCAAUCGCAAAAAGCGCACCAAGAAGGAGAAAGAGGCCUCCAAGAGCAUGGGCACCUGGCCGCGGACCAACAUCUCGCAUGAAAAUCCAACGGGCACCAUGCGGGGCAAUGAGAAGAAGCGUGCUCUGAUGUCGCUUUUUACAGCGGGUCCUAUCAAUGUGGACAAGGAUGACGAACUGAUGGCUGAUGUUGGGCUGCCAGAGAAGCAGCCAGCAGCGUUGAUCCAGGACCAGUUGCCUCCACCGCUGCCGCCACAAAUGUCGAAGCCACUGGCCCACAUUCGGGGAUCCAACGGGGGCGCUAUAAAGACGCAUCCAAACCGCAAUUCCAACCCGGUGAGCUCGGGAGUCUCGGCAUUGUUUCCACCCGGACCCUCAAAUGGAAUGCCAACCGCUGGUUAUCCCACACAUCCGAGGCAUUCGCUAUACGGUGUGACUGCCGAAGAGAUUAGCCAAAAGCCGAUUCAGCGAGCCCCUCUAAUGGGCGCCAAUGCCAGGGUUAAAAUGCCCUCACAGGAGCGCUACGGAACCAGGCCGCACAGUAACCAUCGCCUGUCGUUAAAUAUCACACCCAGCGGUGAUUUUACCAGCCCAAGACCAGUGGUCAGCAGGCGCAGCAGCAAGUAA